AUGGCCACUUAUACUCCCUCUUCACCUUUCCAGAUUGUAAAUACUUUUGACGAGAUUGUGCCCUCAUCUGCUGCUUCCUCCUCCGCCACUCCUCUUCUCCGUCCUUCUGCUUCUUUCGAUGUUUUCAUCAACCAUUGCGGUGUUGAUGUCAAAUACACCCUCGCCACCACCAUCUCCCAUAAACUUACCGCCCUCGGAAUCUCCGUCUUUCUGGAUGCCCAUUCCCUUCAAUUGGGUGAUGUCAUUCCAGCACAAAUCCAAGAGGCCAUUCGCACUGCUACACUUCAUAUUGCCAUUUUCUCUGUUAACUAUGCCGAUUCCCCUUGGUGUUUAGCGGAGCUGUCCUCCAUGCUUAAGACGGGUAACAGAAUUAUUCCUGUCUUCUAUCAUGUCGAUCCUUCUGAUCUGCGCUGGGUGGGUCAAGGAAAAGGAAUCUAUGCUGCUGCGUUUUCUCAAUAUCAACUGAAUGGCAGAUACUCCGAGGAAAAGCUUGACGAGUGGAGGAGGGCACUCUAG